AUGUUAACGUACGGGCAAAAGCGACUCCGAAGUUCUGCGUCUACGUCCAGCAGCGGCAGUAGUUCCUCAGAUAGUAGCUCAGGAUCAUCAACCACAAGUAGUGGAAGCAGUUCCAGAUCAAGUUCCACUUCUAGUACUACCUCCAGCAGUUCUGCAAGUUCUUCUGGGAGUUCCAGAGACAGAGGAAGGAAGCGAAGUAGAAGCAAAAGUGUUGAUGCUUCACGCAGACAUGAUAACAAAGAAAAAGAAAGAGAGAAAGAAAGAGAAAGGGAAAGGGAUAGGGACAGGGAUAGAGAUAGAGACAGAGAGAAAGACAAAAAGAAAAGUAGCAACUCUGUGGUUGAUAAACCUAAACCCAAAGGACGCUCUAGAUCACCCUCACCACGUAGGAAACGCAGAGAAAGGUCACCAAUUCCUAGACCAACAAAAAUACAUAUUGGACAUUUGACCCGUAAUGUUACUAAGGAACAUAUUAUGGAAAUUUUCUCUACAUAUGGUCAGAUAAAAAUGGUCGAUUUUGCCAUGGAUAAACUUCAUCCUAAUCAAGGACGGGGCUUUGCUUACGUGGAAUUUGAAACGGCAGAUGAAGCUGAGAAUGCAAUGAAACAUAUGGAUGGUGGACAAAUAGACGGUCAGGAAAUCACUGCUGCUCCAGUAUUAUUACCAAAACCACGACCACUACCGAUGCGGAGGAUGUCACCUUUGAUGGGAAGAAGAGCACCGCCACGAUGGGGUGGCGGCGGUCGAAAUACUCCUCCUCGUUAUCGUAGACGUUCGCCACCCAUAAAUCGUCGUAGAAGCCCGCGGCCACCUAGACGCAGACCAAGAACCCGAUCGCGAAGUCCCCCAAAUAAUCCACGACAUCGGCACCGUCGCUACACGAGAUCAAGCUCAAGCAGUUCUCGAUAGCAAUCUUUUUUGUACAUACGAUAAAAUAAGAACUGAAUUUGACCGAACACAGUUUAUCCUGGUUGGUCGUCUUAAUAUAUUAAGCAAAACAAUUUUUACCGAUUCAUUCGAACACAAUUGACAGGGAAGUGUACGCACUCAAAAAAAAAAAGAACAAUAGAUUUGUCUACAACGGUGUUCAUAUAUGGCAAUUCACGCGUUGUUCUUGUGGAGCAUUGAGACGCCGUUCGUGACACGCAAGUUUUACUUUUGAAAUAUAUCAAUAUCACACGUGACAAAUAUAUUUGCUAUUGAUUGGUACCUGAAGGCUGAUAACC